AAAGAGAGAAAAAAAAGGCAUAUCUCUAGCUGGUGUUGUUGGUUAUCGAAGAAAUGGAGAACCGGAGAGGGAAGUGGGGUUUAAGUACUGUAAUGGUGUGGCUGGUGGUGGUGAGCUCCGUUAUGACGACGGCGGAAUCCACGUCCUUUCAAGAAUGCUACGCCACCUGCUUCGUCAUCUGCGCCAUCACCCCCGGCGCCUCCUUCUCCGAAUGCCCUCUCAAAUGCCUGCAGGCCUGCAUCAUCCCCUCUUUCCCCAUCGACGACGCCGCCGCCACCGCCACCGCUGCCGACCGCCGAACGCACAACCAUUUCUUCUGCAAGCUCGGCUGCGCAGCUACCUUAUGUACCAACUUCACCACCAACCAUAACCCAGCUGAAAAGAAAGUGGGAAGAUGUGUGGAUUCGUGCUCUAGGACAUGCUCCAUGGAUUGAUCCACGCCUGAAUUGAAGCCAAUUCGACAAAACUGGAUUUUGCUUUUUCAGUACAUAAUAAUAUAUAUUGUGUGUUUUAGGAAAUGAAACCCACAUUAUUGAUAGAAUUAAUCCAUGUUUAUUACUUAUUAGAAUUUCAUUCAAGUUUGUGAAACUUGUUAAUAUAAUUAUAUUAUCAAGCGUUUUAAUGGAUUUGUAUUCUAUAUUUUAUGAUUGGAUGUUCCGUACCCAAUAUACAAACGAUUGGGGAAUACA